GUUAUCUCUAUCGUCCCCCGCGUCUUCUCUAUUUAUUGUCGCCGGGAAGCGGCGGCCGCCCCGUACCCGGAACAACAAAGCCCGAAAGACGGAGCCCGAGCCUCGGGGGCUCCUUAGCAACGGGCCGGGGCGGGAGUUCCAUGGAGACUGGGGAGCGCGCCCGCCUCAUCAUCAUCCUUGCCCUCCAGCUUAUCCUUCGCGUCCGACGCAACCGGCAGCACUGCUGCCGCCGCGUCCUCUGCCACCGCCACCUUUUCCCACGGAUGUGAUCUUCGUGGUGGGAAGCUAAGUUUUUAAACUACCCCAAUGGAUGCAGACAGUGAUGUUGCAUUGGACAUUCUGAUUACAAAUGUAGUCUGUGUUUUUAGAACAAGAUGUCAUUUGAACUUAAGGAAGAUUGCUUUGGAGGGAGCAAAUGUAAUUUAUAAGCGUGACGUUGGAAAAGUAUUAAUGAAGCUUAGAAAACCUAGAAUUACAGCUACAAUUUGGUCCUCAGGAAAAAUUAUUUGCACUGGAGCAACAAGUGAAGAAGAAGCUAAAUUUGGUGCCAGACGUUUAGCUCGCAGUCUCCAAAAACUAGGUUUUCAGGUAAUAUUUACAGAUUUUAAGGUUGUUAACGUUUUAGCAGUAUGUAACAUGCCAUUUGAAAUCCGUUUGCCAGAAUUCACAAAGAACAAUAGACCUCAUGCCAGUUAUGAACCUGAACUUCAUCCUGCUGUGUGCUAUCGGAUAAAAUCUCUAAGAGCUACAUUACAGAUUUUUUCAACAGGAAGUAUCACAGUAACAGGGCCCAAUGUAAAGGCUGUUGCUACUGCUGUGGAACAGAUUUACCCAUUUGUGUUUGAAAGCAGGAAAGAAAUUUUGUAAUUCAUCACUUAAUUGGUUAGAAUCCCUAACUGAGCACCUUUUAAAACCUGCUGCACAUUGGACUCAAAACAGAAGGAAAACUGGACCAACAGCAAUCGAGGAAAUAGACUCUUAUUCUUUCAUGGCUGCAGUGUAAGCUCCAGGCCCUUUGGGUUUUAUUUCAAACCUUGCUGUAAUAUAAAAAGGAAGUUUACAAGACAUGACGUUGCUGCUUUUACAAAAGGACAUUCUAUUUAUUUUUGCAGUAAUUCUCAUGUCCCCAUAAGCAGAGCUGUCACAGUGUGCACUACCUUAAAUUGUUUAGUUGUUAUUUUUUUCCAGUUUGAGCUAAUGUGUUUUAUUUGUGAAUAGUCUUUUACAUUUUUGUAUGCUGAAUAUGGGCACCAAAGAACCUGUAAAAGUUAUCUUUUUCAAUUGAAUGUGCACAAAUAAAAGUUUGGAAAAGGUCUCUCUUCAUAUCCAUUCUGUAACUUUUAUUCCCCAUUUUCUAUUUUAAUAAAAAUUGUAUUCAUAAUUCUUUUUUUAAUCUAUGCAAGCUUAGACUUUUGCUAAAGUGUGUUGGCUUCGUUUUGAAGUGUAUUUUGUAAAUAUAUAUAUGCCACAUGUAUAUAAUAUCUUUUAAUGCUCUGUUACCAAAUAUUGAAUAGGAAAUUUUUUCUUGCUAGAAAUAAAAACGUGUAUAUAAAUUCUAGGGAACCGGAGUAGAACUUUAUAGAUUAAGCUUAAUGUUUUAUGUUGCUAAUUUAAUAUGAUAGAAAAUAUAAAUAUCUUUUAAAGGUUAUAAAACUGUAGUUUUAAAAAGAGAAACCUCUUACCUAUAAAAUGGAUAUGAGAAAGAAGCUGUGAUGGGUUGUACCUCAUAUGUACCUUUAUUAUUCUGGGAAGACUCACCUCUAGUUGUAGGGAAGUAAUAAUAUUAGGUUGGUACUCAAGGCUCUACUAAGAGUCUUACCAGAAGCUGGUAAAUUGUGCUGUUUUAACAAGCAGGGUCCACAGGCUGCCUCUGUGCCACAGUAUCAUUAUAAUACAGUUCAACUUGAAUUUUAAA